CGUGUGUUUGACAGUCCGUUUUCGGAUUUUUUGAAGUUGUGCAAUGCGUCGCGGAACAGUUUCUGAACAUCUUUUUAGGUUGUGCCGCUGAUACAAGAGGAACCGGUGAAACAACGCGAGCUUUAGGGCGCAUUUCCCAACCCUUGCAUUAGUACUCUUCGCGUCAACUACCAGUAUUUGAAAAAAAAGCCAUUUACAAACUCGACCAUGUCGAAGCUACUGGCACGCCUACUGACUCAGCAGAACCGCAGCCGGAUCGCGACCGGAACGAAAAGCUGCUGGCAAAUGCGCCAGGCAUCGACUGGUGCUGGUGGCGGGGGUGGCAGGACGUCCGACCCAAUGAAGGGCAAGGGACCCAUCACGUGGAAAAGCUUUGCGCUGAUUGCGACGGCCGGCCUCGGCGGGCUGGGCUUCAUGUGGUACGUCAAGGAUGAGAAGGAACAGGCUCUGAUGCGCGAGAGGAAGCGCCAGCUGGGCAAGGCAGCUAUCGGUGGUGCGUGGGAGUUGGUUGAUGCGGAGGGCAAUGUGCGGAAGUCGGCCGAUUUUGUUGGCCAGUGGCUGCUGAUUUACUUUGGCUUCACGCACUGUCCCGACAUUUGUCCGGACGAGCUGGAGAAGAUGGCAGCGGUGGUGGACGGGCUGGCCAAGGUGGAAGAGGCCGAUACGAUCCAGCCGUUGUUCAUUACAGUUGACCCGGUGCGGGACACGCGGGAAAUCGUCGGCAAGUACGUGAAAGAGUUCCACCCGCGGCUUCUUGGGCUGACGGGAACCGUGGACCAGAUUGCGCGAGUGUGCAAAGCAUUCCGAGUGUACUUCAGUGCGGGGCCGAAGGAUCAGGACGAGGAUUACAUUGUUGACCACACGAUUAUUAUGUACCUCUGUGACCCGCAAGGACAGUUUGUCGACUACUACGGGAUCAACCGCGAUAAGGAACAGAUCAAGAGCUCUAUCCUCAUUAAUAUGGCCAAGUACAAGCAGAUGCACAAAACGUCUUGGUUUUAAGAUUGUUUCGUUUAGAGAAGAAUAAAACGCGAGUCAAACUGUAUAAAAGAUUA